UGAGCAUUCUUAUUUUCUCAAAGUGACAGAGUGACACCACUUUCCAUGGCUCAAGAACUCGCAAUGAUUCAUCCACGUGUCUUCCUGUCCGUCCAUCCAGAGAGGUUAAGCCAAAUCAAACGGCCCUGAUCUUCCCUCGCCCUCCAUAUUAACCCCAGCCAUUCCUCUUUUCGGGUGGCAAGGGUACCAUUUGUGUUUCGAUCAUUCAUUCGCCUCCGCAUCCUUCCCAGACCCGAUUCUCUCUCUCUCUCUCUCUCUCUCGUCACAUCCAGAGUUUCAGAAGAAAGGAGAUAAUAUAGGAUGGCAGAUGCUGAGGAUAUUCAGCCACUCGUGUGCGAUAAUGGAACUGGAAUGGUUAAGGCUGGAUUUGCUGGAGAUGAUGCUCCAAGGGCAGUGUUCCCUAGCAUUGUAGGUCGCCCGCGUCAUACUGGUGUGAUGGUUGGGAUGGGGCAGAAAGAUGCAUAUGUGGGAGACGAGGCUCAAUCCAAGCGUGGUAUUCUAACAUUGAAAUAUCCAAUUGAGCACGGUAUUGUCAGCAACUGGGAUGACAUGGAGAAGAUAUGGCAUCACACCUUCUACAAUGAGCUCCGUGUUGCCCCAGAAGAGCAUCCUGUUCUCCUGACGGAAGCACCUCUGAACCCGAAGGCUAACCGUGAGAAGAUGACCCAAAUCAUGUUUGAGACUUUCAACACUCCUGCUAUGUAUGUUGCUAUUCAGGCUGUUCUUUCCCUCUAUGCCAGUGGUCGUACAACUGGCAUUGUGCUGGAUAGUGGAGAUGGUGUCAGUCACACGGUCCCCAUCUAUGAAGGGUAUGCCCUCCCACAUGCAAUCCUCCGUCUCGAUUUGGCAGGCCGCGACCUCACUGAUGCCUUGAUGAAAAUCCUCACGGAGCGCGGCUACUCCUUCACCACCACCGCGGAGCGGGAAAUUGUGAGGGACAUGAAGGAGAAGCUGGCUUACAUAGCCCUAGACUACGAGCAGGAGCUAGAGACUUCCAAAACCAGCUCCUCCGUCGAGAAGAGCUACGAGCUGCCUGAUGGACAGGUGAUCACAAUCGGCGCCGAGCGGUUCCGCUGUCCAGAGGUCCUCUUCCAGCCGUCGAUGAUUGGAAUGGAAGCGGCAGGAAUCCACGAGACCACUUACAAUUCCAUCAUGAAGUGUGAUGUCGAUAUCAGGAAAGAUUUGUAUGGGAAUAUCGUGCUUAGUGGUGGGUCCACCAUGUUCCCUGGCAUUGCAGAUAGGAUGAGCAAGGAAAUCACCGCGCUUGCCCCUAGUAGCAUGAAGAUCAAGGUGGUGGCGCCGCCGGAGAGGAAGUAUAGUGUUUGGAUUGGAGGAUCCAUCUUGGCAUCUCUCAGCACCUUCCAGCAGAUGUGGAUUGCAAAGGCCGAGUAUGACGAGUCUGGGCCAUCAAUUGUGCACAGAAAAUGCUUCUGAUUGUGCCAGAAGAGAAAUAUUGAAGAAAGAAGCUAAUUUAUAUGCGAUGCAGCUUGCGAUUUUUCAUUCUUCCUUUGUUUUCUACAUUUGUUAUUUAUAUGUUGUUGGGUUGAUGACUAGAGGGCGAGGAAUUGUUGGAACGGGCGAAAUUCUUUGAUUUUUACCUAAUUUUUGGAGUUUCCAUCUA